AGUAAAAGAAUUUUUUAACUUUUCAGUUUCAACACUUCUACCACUCAUUUUUGCUUCCAAAAAUGACCACCUUAUCAGAAGUAAAUUGUUUGUUUAAGUGACUUAGAUAUUUUUCUUUGUUAACCCUUCCUGCCUGAUGUUCAGACCACAUGCAUUUUCACUGUUUUUAAUGUUAAGAUGAUGUUUUUGCUCCCCCAGGGCUUAUUUUUAUCACAUUACAGCUCUUAGUUAUAUAUAGCCUAUAUGUGCACUUUGUGAGGGAUGAUGCUCUGGACUUUGUGUAUUUAUUUGGUUUUGGUUUAUAGUCAUUCUCCUUUGGACAGUUGCAAAGCAUAUUUGCUAUCAGUGGUGCCAUCACCUCGCACCUAUAAACAUGACAGCGCAUGACAGCUGGUACAAUCAAGUCCUGAAGGGUUGGGUGUCCGUAGUACAGGUUGAAACAGGAUGGAUGUGGUGUUAGAAUAAAUUGUUAGCUGGAUAGUCCUAUGGGGUUUGUGUGGUAGCAGCAGGGUCAGGAAGGGGUGAGUGAGAGUGGCAUCUUGGGGCAGAGGAAGGCAAAGAGAGGAGGAAGAACAGCAGCAAAGUGGUUGCAGAGCUGUCCCAGGCAGCCAGACCUCCUUUGGCCGGGAGGUCUGUCCUGUCAGGGUGCAUGGCUGCAACUACAAACAGUUUCAUUUGUUAAUGUGAACCAGUGGAAAGGUAGCUGUCUGCAUAUUUCUUCAUGGUGUGGGCUGCAACCUAAAACAAAUGCAUAAAAAAUUUCAAGUGAAACAACCACUGUGAAAGUUGUGGUACUAUAUUUCUGUAGUGCUUUGUGGUCUGAUGGUGUGUGGCACUGACAAAGCAAAUUAUAUGCCAGUGGGUGCCAGGUUAAUCUGAGCAUCUUUGGUACUAACUUAGGUGAUUUUGCUCUAAUUUUCCCUUUUGCUGACACUUUGCUGUAGCGAAAAGCCAUGCCAGAGCUUUGUGCAAGUCAGGCAGAGCUUUGGCCCUGGGUCCUUGAUUUUUAGAAUGGGAGCAAAGGUCCUAAAGAGUAUGAAACUUCCAGUUGGUUGAUCAAAUUGGUCCUCACAAAGUGCUGACACCAGUGCCUCAUAGGAAGGUAGAUGAAACGGGCAGACCAUAGAUGUUUCUAAUAUCAGGAAUCUUGGGAGGUUUCUUUGAAGACAACUUCUGCUGGAAGAAUGGCAUCAUCUCUACAGAUCUGUGCAUUGCUGCUGGCUUUAGCAGGAUUCACCACUUUACUUGUUACUACCAUGUCCAACAGAUGGAAAGUUUUGGACGCUGCGACAGAGCUGGUCACUGCAGACUGGGUUUCUGAAGGUCUUUGGAUGGACUGUGCAGCAACUGCUCUUGGAUCAGUAGAGUGCAAGAAAUUUCUGUACAUGUUGAGUUCAGACACUCAUAUUCAGGCAUGCCGUGCCUUGAUGAUUACUUCCAUCCUUCUGGGAUUCCUAGCCACAGUAGUCUCACUGCUUGGUUUGAAGUGCACAAACAUUGGGUUGAGCGAUGAGGAUGGAAAAAUGAAGUUUGCUGUCACGGGAGGAUUUCUUUUCAUUUUAGGAGGUCUCUGCUCCAUGGUGGCUGUUUCUUGGUAUGCUGCAAUCAUUACUGCUCAGUUUUUUGACCCACUGUAUGCUGGAACCAAGUAUGAACUGGGAGAAGCUCUAUACUUAGGCUGGACUGGUUCUAUUCUUUAUAUCCUUGGUGGGAUCUUACUGACCUGUUCAUGCAAAGGGAAGGAAAAACAGAAUUACAGAACCAACAAAUACGGAUAUUCAGCAGGCCAGGCAGCUCCUCAGCCACACAGGUAUUCCAGGAACACUGAGACAAUCAUAAGCAACAAGGAGUAUGUCUAAACUUCCAUUUUGCAUCGCCUGUAACAUUAGUAGGUUAUGAACUCAAAUAAAGAAGUGAACUACUUCCAGGGUUCCGGUUCCAAGUUGCAAUCUUAUCCCUUAAUUCGGAGCAGUACAGGAGGAGGAGUGCUUUCCAAUGUAAAUAGGAAUGGUUUUCAGAUGUAAAUAGCUUUCUACAGAAGAUGUGAAGUGAAAUCCUGCCACAAGAAGGUUUUCUUCGUGCUGACAAGGCUGGUAAAAUUUAACCAGAGCGCAGUAUGUGCUGACACUUGAGAGCAACAGUUUCCAUUUCAGCUGACUCAAACAUGUGGAACUGAUAGCUGUGUUUGACUGCGAGUUCAUGUGCCUCACAGUUAAAAACGUAUUGUGUUUUCAUUAAUGCUUAGCUUCCUACUUUUGUUUAGCAGCUUUAGCUUUUUGACAGGAAAUAAACUUUAUUCCAUGGAUUGACUGGAACAGAUUUUUUGAUGAGUGGUAUCUUGGCAAUUAAUAAGGAUCUGAUGUAUUACUGCAAUUCUUAUUAUGUAUGAUAGUCAAGGUUUAUAAAAGCUACAAUAAAUUCUCUAGCAACCACUCACCUUCAAAUCUGCAGAUGUGCAACAAAUUUCAUGGUUGUAAUGCAGAUACCAAAAAUAAAUGAUAUGGAAUGAACCAAACACAGCUGGGAGUGGAGAAAGCAUCUGGUGUGAAAACGCCUUGUGGUAACUAAGAAAACAAUAGCCUGAAUUUUUUAUUUUUAUUUCUAUGUUUUCAGCUUUUAAAAUAAUCCUAUUUUAACUUUGAGCAAUCUUUAACUUUGGGAACUUCUACUGGAUCUGAGUUGUCUAAUUCCUGUAAUUCCCCAGAGGCUUUAUUCUCUGUCAUUGUUCCAUCAUUAGAAUUUCUGCCUUAAACUACUCCACUGCUGGGAGCAUACGUUCGCCUUGUGUGAGCACUCAGACAGAUGGUGAUAAGCUAAUUUUAUUUUAUAUUUAUGCUUUAAGCAACAUGAAAUGGAAUUUCACCCUGCAGGUUCAUAGGUUUCAUAACUUGUCCCUUUUAUAUUACAGAUGUAUUCACACAGUUUGACAAAAUACCUUGGUGUUUAUCUCUAGUUCUAAUGUCUUACGAUAAACAUAUAAUAGUCUGA